UGUUGACUAGCUAAGUAGCAACUAGUGCAAUAAGUGCCUUUGAUCUUCUGGUUUACGAAAUUAAUGCUUAUGAAUGUAUAAUCGUUUAACAAGUCUAUAGUCUUAUUUGUGAAGUUUUUAACAAUAACAGUCAUAACGGUAGUAAAUGUGAAACAAUUUCUAGAGUGUAUAAUGUAUAUUUCACAGACAUAUAUUUGAAUAUAUAAAUAGUCGUUUUGGACACUACUGAGUGCACGGUUUGAUUAUUGGAACGCAAUUAUUUCCCAGUAUUACUGAAGCGUUUUAUUAAAAAUAGAAGAAAUGAAAUAUUUCCAAUAUUUGUUUUCGUCCCUGUUGCUGUUAACCGUGUUACCCAUUCAAGGGUACAGGAUUUUAUGUGUAUUCCCUUAUAAUGGAAAAAGUCACUUUCAAGUGACGGAAGCGCUUUGUAAAGCCUUGGCAGAACAUGGCCAUCAGAUCGACAUGAUCAGUCAUUUUCCUUCUAAAAAUCGUAUAGCGAAUUAUACGGAUAUAGUGAACCUGCUAGGAACCAGGAGGGCCGUCACCAACAAUAUCUCACUAAAUGAAGCAAGACAGAUAAAUACUGCAGUUACAUUUUAUAUCGCCACCGUUUUUGGGGGUGAUUUGUGCUCGCUGAUGGGUAAUGCAAAGAUGCAAAGGUUCAUCAAGAACCCACCUAACGAUCCGCCUUACGACCUCGUUAUCACAGAGUAUUUCGGUUCGAGCUGUUACUUUGGGUUCGGACGUUUGCUGAACAUACCAAUAAUUGGUAUUGUGGCGAGUCUGGAGUACGCCUUCAUGAACGAAGUUAUGGGAAAUCCCACAAGCAGUUCCUUCUUUCCUGGUAUAUUAGUAGAAUUUGCUGGUCUUCCAAAUUUUUGGCAACGUUUAGUCAACACGCUUGAAAACUUGAUACAGCCACGCAUAUUUAAUUACUAUUCGUCAUCGCAAACUGAUGAUAUGAGGAAGUAUCUACGACAGGACAUGCCGGAUGUUCGGGAAAUUGAGAAAGAUAUAGCAUUAUUAUUUGUAAAUAGUCAUUAUUCGUUUCAUGGGACUCGACCCGUUAUUCCCAGCUUCGUAGAGAUUGGAGGACUACACAUAGAAAUGGAUAAGUCGCAAUUAACUCCAGAGCUACAAGAGUGGGUGGACAACGCGGACGAUGGUGUGGUGUAUUUCACUUUAGGUUCGUUGGUAAAUAUCGAAACGAUGCCGAACAGUUCUCUACUCGGAUUAUACGAAUCCUUUAGAAAAAUUGCACCCAUUAAAGUACUGAUGAAAAUUGCAAAUAAAGACUUACUGCCUCCUGGCCUGCCUAGUAAUGUUGUUACAUUACCGUGGAUACCACAGAUGGCAGUAUUACGACAUCAUAAUACACGGGUAUUCAUAUCUCAUGGUGGCUUAAUGGGAUCUCUGGAAGCGUUUUACCAUGGCGUACCUGUGAUAGGAAUCCCCUUGUUCGCAGACCAGUAUCGAAAUAUUAAUGUUUUUAUACAUAAAGGUAUGGGUGUGAAAUUACGCUAUGAGGAUUUAUCUGAGAAAACAAUGGAUGCUGCUCUCAAUACUGUUUUAAAUAAUCCCAACUACAUGGAAGUUGCGAAACGCGAGGCCUUACAUUUCAAAGAUAGACCAAUGACAGCACGAGAAGUAGCGAAUUUUUGGACCGAAUACGUGAUUCGUAACGGUCCGAACAUGCUCCGUUCGCCAACGAUGGAUAUGCCAUGGUGGCAGACAAAUCUAAUUGACGUUUACGGAUUUAUAAUGGCUUGUAUUGUAAUUAUAAUAUAUUUCUUAACAAUCGUUGUUAAAUUUGCAAUGAGCAUUUUGCUAAAAGACAUAAAUAUUUGGAAAACACGCAAGCUAAAGGAAUAUUAGCUUUUUUUGUUUCAAGUUAAGUUACAUAAUAAUUAUAAUUUCACGUGGAGUU